AAAAUGUUUAUUAAACAUAAAUUACUGGUGAAUAUGCAGGUUUAAACUAUUCUUUUUCGACUGCCAUACUUUUACACUAUGCGCAUGCGCACCCCCGAUUCUUUUGAUUUGGACAUUUAAAUUGGUUGCAUUCUCUGUCUCUCUCUAAGAGGUAGGUUUCCUUGUCUAGCAUCGUAUCUUGUUAUAUGUAUCUACUCUUUGCUGUAGAUAUGUACCACUUUGGUGAUUAAGAAGUUCUCUAGGCUCUGAGCUGCACAAAACACUGUUUAGUUAAAUUCCGUCUCUCGUGAAACAGAUUAUACAUAUUUUUAUAAUAGCUGCAUCGUCGUUGCACUUAUACUAUAUAAUAUCCCUUCUAGGGGUAUUUCGCUACAGAAUACUACUCAAACAGAGAGAGCAAUAUAGAGAGAAGAAAAUACGCACACUGCAUAUUUUCCAUUCCCUUCGUAUCUUCAUCUUCUUUAUUUGCCUCUUCGCACAGGAGUUCAUAAUUCCAUUUAGGAUAGAGCUUAAUGAUUUUCGCGUAUUACGGUAUAAAAUAAUUGGCUUCCUAAAUACAGCUAAAAAUUAUUUGAACUUUAUCUCAUGAAUGCAUGAUGCAUCAAUGUGCACGGAUGUAAUGUCCAUGCAUCAAACAUAGACGCUUCGGGCAGCUUCAUAUCGUCGCAAUUCGAAGAAAAUGAAAUAUUGAAUUUAUGGUUGCCUCGGAUGGAAAAAUUUCGUGAAACAUCUGAGUUAUGUUAACAUUGAUGUACUUUACUGCAAACAUCUCCAUAAUAUAAAGACAUAAUGGAUCAAAAACUUAUUGACAAAUUUGUCGAAGUAACAGGAGAGGGUGAAGCAACAGCGCGUCAAUAUCUAUCGUUAACCGAUGGGAAUGUAGAAGCUGCAAUAAGUUUAAUGUUCGAGGGAGGACCAGCACAGGAACCACCGGUUCCUGCUGAUGCUCCUGAUGUUGAAUCCGAAGUGAGACCUCCCAUUUUACCUACGCAAGAAAUAUUGGUACCAUCGGGUCCAGUAUGUUCGCUUCCAAGAUUAUCGACUAAUGUAUUUGAUAGAUUUAGAGAUUUUGCAGUGGAGACUCAACGACAAGAGGAAGAAAUGGCAUGUAAAGUAGCCGGUGUAAAGCAGAUGUCUUACUGUAAAUCCAAAAGGUUGGAAGACUUAUUUCGUCCUCCGUGUAAUAUCCUCUUCUUAGGUUCUUUUAUUGAAGCUCGUGAACAUGCCAAGACAUUAAAUCGUUGGUUGCUUGUAAAUAUUCAAAAUCCUCAAGAAUUUUCAUGCCAAAUUCUUAAUAGAGACGUAUGGUCGAAUCAACAAAUACAAGAAAUUGUAAAGGAUCAUUUUGUUUUGUGGCAAGUUUUGUCAAAUACAAGCGAUGGAAGUCAUUAUGUACAUCUUUAUGAUGUGUAUGAAUACCCAUAUUUAGCAAUAAUAGAUCCUAGAACAGGAGAAUGCAUGCAGACUUAUCAUCAUAUUACCGUAGAUAUUUUAAUGUCUGCUUUAAAUGAUAUGCUCAGCACUCAUCCAUCACCAGAAUGUGUAUCAUUUGACACCCUUAAUUCUAAAGACUGGAAUAGUACUGCUACAAUAACAAAAGAAAAUGCACCUAAUUUAUCGGAUUGCAGUAGUCGUACUUUGAAAUCUUCUAAACAUAUGAUUGAUAUUUUAAGAGAAUCAGACAGUACUAUUGAUGCAACAACGAGUCAAAGCUCAAGUACAAGUACGGCGACUGACGUCUUUCAGAAUAUAAGCAAAAAAAGAAGAAUGGAUGAAUCUGAUUUAAGUGAUCCAGUUCAAAAAGUAAAUUCAAAAGAUGAUCAAUCGUGCGAAGAGAAGAGCGAUUCUAACGUAACUAAAAGUGAUAAUGCAUCUUCUGUAAGACUUUGUUUAAGACUACCAAAUGGUAAAAAGGAAACGAUAUUGAUGUCUGCGAUAAACACGAUAGAAGAUUUUAUUAACAAAAUGGACAGAAUGGGCUAUUCGUCGACCGAUCACACUUACUUGGUACCAUUUCCAAAAACAAAUAUUGGAAUGCUUUCUCCAGAAACACUCUUAUCAGAUACUAUUUUAUCUCCAGCGAAUACAGUAUUUAUAACAAAGAUACAAUAAUUUUAUUAGAUGAUUUAACUCUUU